CUUUUCAGUUUUGUAUCUCUCGCUGCUUUUCUUCUGCUUUAUAAUUCGUGCUCUUUUUUUUUGCUUUUUUUUGUUUGACCAUGUCUUUUGCUUGUGCAACGGCUCCAGCAGCCUGCAUUUCAAGCCCAAACUGUUCCAGCAGUCUCAGCCACAUACCCAUUUGGAGAAGCUCUUCUCUAAGACCACCACCACCUUCUCUCAGUGACAUCUCCUUCAAAAUCCCAUGUGGGUCUUUCAAGCGAAGCUCGAGCCUCACUGGAUUCAGAACCCUCUCCCCUGUUAUGCAAUGGCAGGACUGCACAGUAAAGAUGGAAAUUGAUGUGCCAAUUUCAGUUGCUUAUGAUUGCUACUCUGAUCGUGAGGCAAUUCCCCGUUGGAUGCCCUUUAUUUCAACUGUGAAGAUAUUGGAAGACAAGCCUGACCUAUCACGAUGGUCGCUUAAGUAUAAAGCUUUUGGCCGUGAUAUUGAGUUCUCAUGGCUUGCUCGAAAUAUGCAGCCUAUACCGAAUCAGAAAAUCCACUGGAGAUCUCUGGAAGGUCUUCCUAACAGAGGUGCUGUCCGGUUUUAUCCAAAAGGUCCUUCAUCAUGCCUAGUAGAACUAACCGUGUCUUAUGAAGUUCCUCCAAUCCUGGCUCCAGUGGCAUCAGCACUGCAACCUUUUCUUGAAAGUUUACUUGGACGUGGCUUGGAAAGGUUUGCAACAUUUUCAAAAAGCUACAAAUCAGACUCAACGGUAUAACAGUUCAAAAGGUUAACCGAUUCUGAAUGUCACGAAUUCGUUUAACGUGGCAAAUGUUUCCAAUGAAAUAUAAUACCAAUGUGCUAUCAUUUAAUUUGUUAUCAGUUGUAAUACCAAUGAUUUUCUUGCUGAAGAACAAAAGGAGCACAAUGAAGAUCUUUGUGAGAUCAUUUGGGUCAAUGGCCAUCUCCUAAACGAACGGCUUUCUCUGUUAUAUGUUACUCCCCUAAAAGAAAAAGAAUUAAAGAAAUUAUGAUACCUUUAGGCUUGGAGUCUACAUAAUCUUUGUUACUUGAAUUGUUUAUGAAUGGGUUACUUGACUUGUUUAUGCUUC